UCAGGUUGUAAAGCAUACUACAGUGACCUUUACAACUUCAAAAAAAAAAAAAAAUCAUUUCAGAUUAUCAGUGUAUAGAGGGAACAAGCAUCAACUUGUAUAGAUACAUUCCACAUUCAACUGAAUGCUUCCAGCCUGUCUAAGAUAGACCAGUGGUGUUGUUGUUUGUUUUUUGAAGAAACAGCACACUCACUGUACCAAGCAAUAAAGAUUGCAAAAGCAAUGGAAAAUUCUUUUGCUUCAUACCAUCAUUAUGUGACAUUAAAAACCUUGAGAUGGAGACAUUCAUUUAUCUCUAACUUACUUGCAAAGAACACAGCACAUCAUGUAAUAUUAAACAACAACAGAAAAAUAAUACACAAUUAAAUGUAAUAAGUAAAUGAAGCCUCUUGAUGCCACACAAUAAUACUUCCUGCUUCUUCUGGGUUUGAUUUCUGUACACUUGAACCAAACCACAUCCUGUGCUCAAGUGUUGUUUCAGUCUGUAGUGGUGGUUUGAUUUUAUUAAUUUGUUUGAAUAGCUACUGGAUCGAACAGUGUUCAUCUUGCUCUUUCGGUUUUUUAUUUAACUAAAAUUAUCUUGCUUUUCAGAAUUGUAUCCAAAUCUUUUUCAUAUUCAACAUGGCACAGAGACUACAAAAGAGAGAUGAAACAUUGUCAGAUGAAGCAAAACAACCCACAGACUCCAUUAAAAGACUUAGAUUCAUUGUGCUUGGAAGUGAUGAGGUUCUGAUAAAUGAAGCUUGUGAUACCAUUCUUAGGUCAACAGAUGCCAAGAGAAUGGAAACCAUUAAACGUGGUAGGACAUGUGAGUUUAGAGAGGAUUAUGUCAGUGGACGACAUGUCUCUGUAGUAAAAACACCCACUUAUUGGCUGGAAAACUUGAAAACUUACCUCUUCUUCAGCAAAAGUGUCAGAUCUUUGAAAAGGGACAUGGAGUUUUCUUACUCAAUGGUGUUUCCUGGACCUCAUGCAUUUCUGUUAGUGCUUGGAGAUGUGCGUAACUCUGGUAAAGAGCAUUAUCUCCUACGAGCCCUCAGUGAAGUGUUUGGGCAGGAGGUGUUAGACUACAGUAUGGUGUUAUUUAUGCAUGGAUACAGUGACAGAGAUAUAGGCAGGAACCGUUGUGUCAGAAAGUGCAGCGAAAGGUACCACAUUUUAAAGGACAAUGAGGACAAUGUCCUAAAGCUAUUCCAUGAUGCUACUGCGAUGAAACAGAGAAAAGCUAACUUUUUUACAAAUGACCUUGAAUUGCUGUACAAAGCAGAAACCUAUUUUAAGAAAGAAUUUGAUGCUACAUAUGAGGAGAGGGAGAACUAA